AUGGGUAAAAAUAUCAAUGAAUUCGACCUUCCCGAGAUAACAGACGAUGUUAACUUACAUGAUGUAGGUUAUCGUGAGUUAGAAGAGGAGUAUGGGAUUGUUUUAGAACCUGAACACUUGAAUGCCAAAGAUUCACUUAAUCCGGACCAAAAAAACCGCGUCUUCUUUAUUGAUGGUCCAGGUGGAACCGGAAAAACAUUUUUGUACAAUGCCUUGCUUGAUAAAAUUCGGUCACGUGGUCUUAUUGCUCUCGCAACAACUUCAUCAGGUGCUACGGCUAAUAAUAUGCCAGGAGGUAGAACGGCUCACUCGAGAUUCAAGAUUCCUAUUAAUCUUGAAAACAAUUCAAUGUGCAAUAUCAAAAAACAGAGUGGCACCGCCAAACUGAUUCGGUCUACCAAAAUAAUCAUAUCAAUGGCUAAACGACAGGCGAUAGAGGCAGUCGAUCGUACAUUCCAAGACAUUACAGGUGUUAGUCUCCCAUUUGGUGGGAAGAUAAUGGUUAUGGGAGGUGACUUCAGACAGGUGUUGCCGGUUAUUAAACGUGGCACUCGAGCACAGAUUGUAGACUCCAGCCUACGAAUGUCACCUCUUUGGUCUUUGACUAAGAAGAUGCGGUUAACCAUAAAUAUGAGAGCACUGAAAGAUCCAUGGUUUUCUAAAUUUCUUUUAAGAGUCGGCGAUGGAACUGAAGAACCAAUCGAAGGAAACUAUAUUCGCAUACCCGAUGACAUCACAAUUCAGUGCAACAAUAGAGAAAACUCUAUAAAAGAAUUGAUCAAUGCCAAAUUUCCAUAA